ACUGGAGACAAAAAAGCGCAUCACGGACAAAGGAAAUAUGGGUGCGCUGGAGAGGAUUCACCUCAGCCGGGUAACACAAUGGAUGAGCCGCUUCUGUUUCAUUUACCGGGAGACCAAUUAGCCCACCUUAAUGAGGUGCUGGGAUGCAAGAUACUGCAAGCUAAAAAGGCGGAAGGCUGCGUUUAAUCCGUCUGCGGAUCCUAUGAGCUUGCAAUGGCUGUGGCGGGGAUAUGCAACUGGAUAGGGAAUAAUGUGCCUUUUUAUUUUGUGAUAUUUUCCUUAUUUUGUGGCCUUUCAUUUGGACAGUUACAAUAUUCUAUUACGGAAGAACUAGAAAAUGGGGCACUGGUCGGCGAUCUGGCGCAUGACUUGGGGCUGGAUAUUCGAAAGCUCGCCACUCGAAAAAUUAAGGUAACGUCCGGCAGCACUAAGCGCUAUGUGAUUGUCAACCCCAAAAAUGGGAAAUUGCUUGUCAAUGAAAGGAUCGACAGGGAGGCACUGUGUGAUUUAUCCAGCACCUGCAUGAUUAAUCUGGAUGUGCUGGUCGAAAACCCCACUGAGGUGCACCAUGUCAAUGUGGAGAUUGUGGAUGCCAAUGAUAAUGCGCCGCAGUUCCCUAGAGACGAGUAUCAACUGGAAAUCACAGAAGCUGCUUUGCCAGGGUCUCGUUACCCAAUUGAAAACGCUCAAGAUCCAGACAUUGGGUCCAAUUCAGUUCGUAUUUAUCAACUUAGCACAAACGACCAUUUCGCGCUGGUAUCCAACAAACCCUCCCUAAACACAAAGCACAUCGAGCUUGUGCUCAAAAAGCCCCUUGAUCGUGAGCAGACGCCUUACCACCAAUUAAUUCUAAGUGCUGUGGAUGGUGGGACGCCAGAGAAAACAGGCACGGCCAAAAUCAAUGUCCGGGUCCUGGACUCAAAUGACAAUGUUCCCAUGUUCGACAGCUCAGUGUACAAGGUGAAACUGUUGGAAAAUUCGCCCAAAGACACCCUGGUAAUUAAACUGAAUGCAACUGAUCCGGAUGAGGGCACAAAUGGAGAGGUUUAUUACUCUUUCAGCAGCUACACUCCAGAGAGAGUGAGGCAGAUGUUCAGCAUGGACACUAAUACAGGAGAAAUAAGAGUGAGGAGCAACGUUGACUAUGAAGAGACCAACUCCUAUGAGAUGUACAUCCAGGCAAUGGACAAGGGCCCUGGCGCCGUGGCCGCACACUGUAAGGUAGUGGUAGAGGUGGUGGAUGUGAAUGACAACGUCCCUCAGAUAGUGCUGUCAUCUCUGUCUAGCCCUGUUAGGGAGGAUGCCCGUGCAGACACCGUUGUGGCCCUCAUUAGCGUUACUGAUCGAGACUCUGGCGCUAACAAGCAGGUGAGUCUAGAGAUCCCAGCAGGCCUUCCUUUCAAGAUCAAGUCUUUCAGAAAUUAUUACACUCUGGUUACCUCAGCCUUCCUGGACCGCGAGACCACUGAUGCCUACAAUGUCACUCUGAGUGCCACAGAUGGAGGAAACCCUCCCCUUUCCUCCCAGAAGACCAUACAGGUGGAUGUGGCUGAUGUUAAUGACAACCCGCCGCGGUUUGAACAGACGUCUUAUACCGUCUAUGUGGCUGAGAACAAUGCCCCCGGAGCCUCUUUGUGCACUGUAAAAGCUCAAGACGCAGACAUCAAAGAGAACGCACGCAUCACCUACACAGUGCUCAAUGACAACAACCAUGGCAUCCCUGUCACCUCGUAUGUGUCUGUGAAGGCCGAUACAGGGGAGGCGUAUGCCCUGCGAGCCUUUGACUAUGAGUCACUGAGAGAGUUUCACUUCCAGGUCAAAGCCCAAGAUGGGGGCAUUCCACCACUGAGCCGCGUUGCCACUGUCUACAUCUACAUAAUGGAUCAGAAUGACCAUGCACCACUGAUAGUCAACCCUCCCGGCAAUGGCACACGCUCUUUGGAAACGGUACAAAAGAACGCAGAGCCCGGUGCCUUGGUGACCAAAGUGGUGGCAUACGAUGCAGACGCUGGUCCAAAUGCCUGGAUGGUGUACGUGCUGGAGACGGCCACUGACCUGGACUUGUUCAAGGUGCACGAACACACUGGUGAGAUCAGGACCACUCGAAGGAUCCUGGAGGACAACUCCACCUCCUUUACUCUAACCGUUGUAGUGAAGGACCACGGGCAGCCUACUCUUUCCUCCACCGCCACCAUCAACGUGGCUGUCAUGGAGGUGCCGCCCAAAGUGGUCCCUGACCCCAAGAGGAUCAUCCGGCCUCACAGCACACUGCUAUUCUCCAACGUCACCCUCUACUUGAUUGUGGCUUUGAGUGCCACCACUUUUGUUUUCCUAGUCACUGUGGUGGUGCUGGCCAUCGUCCGCUGUCACGCCUACUGCACCCAGCCUGGCUCCUGUUCCCCUUGCUGUGUGUCACAGAAGCCCCCUCCAGAUGGUGGGAGCAGCAGCGUAAGUGCUGGCGGGGGAGGCAGUGCUGCAGCCGGGGCACAACCUAAUAACAAUGUGGUGCUUCGGAGAGACCUUAAAGUGGAGCCUCACUACAUCGAAGUGCGCGGGAAUGGCUCCCUAACAAAGACAUACUGCUACAAGACCUGCCUGACAGCCACCUCUGGCAGUGACACUUUCAUGUUCUACAACACAGGACGCCCCAUCAGUGGCACCUGGGGCAGCGGUGCUGACCGCUUCUUCACGAGUGGAAGUGGAUUUGUACGCAGACUGAGUAUGCCUGAUGCCUCGCUGCAGCUCUGCCCAGAGCCAAAAGCCCCGAAUGCUGACUGGCGAUAUUCUGCAUCUUUGAGGGCAGGGGUGCAGAGUUCGGUCCACAUGGAGGAAUCUUCUGUGAUGCAGGGAGCACAGGGAAUGCUGGUCCAGAACUGGCCCACUGUGUCCAGCGCUGCAGAUGGAGAGGGUGGUGGAGAGCUAUCACCCCCAGUGGGCGCUGGAGUCAACAGCAACAGCUGGCACUUCAGAUACGGUGCCGGACAAGGCUACGGCCCCCCUCAACCCCUGAAGCCCGGAGAGAUUCCUCCUGAAGCCUUCAUCAUCCCCGGAUCCCCAGCCAUCAUUUCUAUUCGCCAUGACGCUGGCCCUGUGGACGACAAAGGUGACUUCAUAAGCUUUGGCAAGAAGGAGGAGGCCAAGAAGAAGAAGAAGAAGAAGAAGGACAAGAAGGACAAGAAGGAGAAAGGAAAGGAUGAUGGGGAAGAAUAAAGCAGAAGGGGUGACUUGAAAACAGAGCUACCAACAAUUUACCAUCCAAAUUACAGAGCCAGAAAAAAAGCCAAAUGCAUAUUGUAGAACUGAGGGAGCCUGGUUGCACCAUAUUUGCAUAGACAUUGUACAGUGGCCAAACCCUCAUUAGACCAAGCCUGGCUCCCCACAUAAUGCAAACCUCAUUUGGCCCAUAACUUUGGCCUAUUAAAGUCUAAGGUUUAUGGUAAACAAAUGUUCUUAGUAGACAGACUUCAUCUAAAGGCUGGACCAAAUUAUAACAAAGGAUUUUAUUGGAUUAGAUUAGCCUUUCUGUGUUUGUAUACUAAAAACAAAAACACCUGAAAAGGUGUACUAUCUGUAUCUGACCAUUGUCAGCUGAGGCUGCCUGUGUUGGCAUCUCUGUCUUUAUGCAGCCCCCCUCCCUUUUUGGCUCACCUAGUUGGAGGUGAAGCAGAAGCCAAACUAAAAAAAUUAAACAGAGGCUUUUGUUUUCAGUAUUAUGGAGGCCUUGUAGAAAUUCAGAAAAUGUGGUCUUUUAUAUAAAAAAAUGAAAAAUGAAAAAGUAACAACAUACAGUAUAUGUACCAUGAGAUUAUCACCUUUACGAAAAUGAGGUGACUGAGACAAGCAGGACCACGCUCUAAUAAAUAGCUCUGUUUCAGUGUAACAUAGCACAUUGCAGAGGCUGAGGACCUGGACUGGGUUGCAACAACUAUGCGCAAGUUUGUUCCCAGGUUAGGGUGUAAAGUAAUGGCUUCAUAACUGCUAGUUAAUUUGCAAUUUGCAAGUUACUAAAUUUGAUUGUACCAUGAGUAGUAAGGGGGGGAAUUCUACAGCUGUAGCUUAUUAAAAUAUUAAGAUUUCAGAUGAGUAGCCAAUCAGUAAUAGCAUUACUUUGCUGAUGGGUACAAACCACAUGGAUUUGUAGUUGACUAGAUUGGCAUAAAAAUUACGAUUGGUAAAUAGAAUCCAUAUUUGACUUAAAGGACAGUACUAGUUUUGGCAUGUUGUAGGCUAUUUUACAUAUAUCUUGUAUACUUUACGUCAAGAGACCAUUGUGGGUUUUUUCCCACCUUUCAGGCAGCCAUUGUUUUUACACAAAAAUUAAUUAGCUUACACUUUUUCGGAUUUAGAAAUUCAUCAAAGCGGAGUUCAGCGUCCGUUUAAUUGUUGUAUAAGUUGCGGUUUCAUUACAUGGUAAUGAAGCUGAAGUGCACAUUGGGAAACUGCACUGCAUUGGCACAAUAACUUGUAUUGUAAUCAAUAUUUUCCAAUUUGAAGAAAAUGGGGGAAAACAUCCAAAAUUGUUAAGUCCUUUAAGUUGCAAAAUGGCAUGAAUUUACUAAAUAAGAAAAAAAAAAACACUGUGCAAAAAAUGAAAAAAAAAUCCUGCUUUAUUGUUAGUGAGUGCAAUUGUGUGACUUCGUAUCAUUUGCACCUGCUUUACUGCUUGCUUAACUAUUUAGUUGUUACUUAACAGAUUUUUGUGGUGCUACCGCUUGUGUUUUAGCAAAGCGUGAAUCGGGAUAAGUGGCUACUUCUGAUGUAACUAGGGAACCUAUGUGCAGCUGACGCAACCGGCCCCUGAUCUUGCCUCUUCUCUUGGAAUACGGCACAGGUCAAUGGGGUCUUAAUCCCACUGUGUAUCAGCACGAGUCUGAUGCACACAUUAUUGUACACAGACACUGACUCUCUAUGCCUCUUACUCACACAUACACCUAAGAAAGUACACAUGCUCUCUCUUCCUCUCUUAUACACACAGACAUACAGUAUAUACAAAUACACAUCAUACAAAAAUAUACUAUAAGAAUACACACCCCUUUCAGAAAACUCCAAGACUGAAGGCCAGUGCCAUCCUUAAUAUGUGAGUGUAUUAUAUGGCUGGGACGCAGGAACGUUGCUUGUUGCUUCAUUUCUGUUCAAGCCUGAUCCCUCUACUUCUGUCUUUGAAUGUUAAGUAGAUGUUCUUCAAGCCCUGCACCACUGCCUCGACUGUUUCAGUGCUUGUAGGAUUUGCUUGCUUCCGCUGCCUGUUUCCUCCCUCUACUCCCGUUUCUUCAAAUCAGCGUGGUUGGAUGACAUCUUUCAAGUCACCCUCCUUCAAUGAACUGUGCUGUCGUAACACAGUGACAUUUGUGUAUUUGCAUAUUUACACACGGAAUACACACAUAGUCACAUGCACAUUAUACUGCACAUACCACACAAACACACACACACACACACACACACACACACACAUCUUUUGUUAGGUUCAACUUCAACCUAGCUCAUGCACUUCAGCCAGAGUGUCUCUCCUGAUUGCUCAUUGUUGACAGCUCUGUCAUCUCGCAUAUUGGUUCUACGCAUUGCGUUGUAAGAACAUCUGACAGGUUAGCAAAAACUGAGAUUAAACUGUACUGGCUAUAAUGAGACAAGAUGGAGAGGCAAAAGAAGAGUCAGAAAAUAGAAGUCAUUGUAGUGUAUUGUGUAGCUCCAACAUAGAAGAAACUACAGCAGAGAUGAGCAAGGCAUUCCGCUUUUGCAGUUAUUCCUUUGUGUCAGCUAUUAGUGACAAUUGAUGAACUUGGGUCGAGUAAAACCACUUAAAAAUAAGUGUAGCGCGGUUCAGCAGCAGUGGACAGAGGUUGCCAGUUGACUUGGAAGGGGGAAACCCACUUAGGGAUUAAUGGAGGUGAAGCACAGUGCUGACAUUUUUUAUUGUGCACCCAUCAUGAUGGAACAAGGGAAGACGAUACCAGCAAGCAAAGAUCAAUACAAGUCACAAGAGUGAUGCUGUUGCAGUGGGUCAAGUCUGAACUGCGUGAAAUGAUCAGCUUCAUUACAGACAUUCUAGCAGGUCUAACAGGGUAGAGAAAGAGUACUGGGAGCAGUAGAUAUUAGAACAGCAUCAACAUGAUGAAAGCCUCGCCUCAUUGUUCCUUUUUUUAUACCAUUAUCUUACCAGUCACAGUAGGGGUAUAUAGGUGCUACUAUCAGGCUCAAUCCCUCCCAUGCACACGAUUCCUUCCCCUGCCCCGUCCUUAAGGUGUACUUCUGUGCUGUCAGAUCACCAAGUGGCUGUUUGCAUGUUAUAAGCAAAGGAAACAGAUACUAUAGAUACUAUAUAUAUAUAUAUAUAAAGAUAUAUAUAUAUAGAAAUGUUUUUCCACUGGGAAAUGCGUAUUGGAAUACAUGUACUUCUGAUACAUAUUCUCAAAGACAAUACACACACACUGACAGACCCUCGCUAAUCCACACACACACGUACAUAUACACUAUUGCGAACAGUAAUUUGUGGAAAAACCUAAAAGAAUCACAUUUUUUAUCCUGUUGAAAAUGAAUUUAAUCUUCUAGAUAUACAUAAUGCUAUUGUGUUAUGCUAUGAAAUGCUUUUAUUUUCUGGUUUUACCCUCAUGAUUUCCAUAGAUAAGAAAAUCAAUCCUUAAAGUUGUGUUGAGCUUUGAAAUGAUGAUCAAACAAACACUAUUGUGGAAUCAAAUCAUUUACUCACCCUCCAUAUGUAUCCCUUGCCCGGUAGAGAAAUAAAGAAAAAGGAUAAAAAAAAAUCUAAAUACAUAAAAUGGUAUUAAAAAAAAAAAAAUAAAGUUGAUGUAUUCUCUGCUUGUGUAUAGUGAAUGUUCUUCAGUCACUGGGUGUGGCAGUGAGUGGCACAUACCAGUAGACUGUGACAGUGCAGAUCUGUUAAUAACGUUUUUUGUACACCUGCUUAUCAUUGUAAAGGUGAUAAUAGUGAAUCUUAUGAUUUAAUCGACCUGGUAUGUGUUUUGUUAAUAAGUCACAAAUAAAGUUUUUCUUAAAUAUCUUAA